GGAGCUUAAAACACGGCAAGAAACCCCUCUUUUACCCACCGCAAUCGAAUCAUCGUCUUCUUGUGGGUACGAGCAGAGAGAUCAAUCAGAAAGAAACAUGGGAGCAGGUCGUGCAGUUUCAAUCUCAUUAGACGGAGUGCGGGACAAAAACUUAAUGCAAUUGAAAAAACUCAACUCUGUCCUGUUUCCUGUUAGAUACAAUGAUAAGUAUUACGCAGAUGCUCUUGCUUCCGGCGAAUUUACUAAGCUAGCAUAUUACAGUGACAUCUGUGUUGGCUCAAUUGCAUGCCGGCUUGAGAAGAAGGAAGGUGGGGCUGUUCGUGUAUACAUAAUGACAUUAGGUGUUUUGGCACCAUAUCGUGGCCUAGGUAUUGGUACAAAGCUGUUGAAUCAUGUUCUUGAUCUAAGCUGCAAGCAGAACAUUGGUGAGAUAUACUUGCAUGUGCAGACAAACAACGAAGAUGCCAUAAACUUCUACAAGAAAUUCGGGUUUGAAAUCACGGAAACGAUCCAUAACUAUUACACAAACAUUACGCCCCCCGACUGCUACGUGGUUACAAAAUACAUUGCCCAGCCUCAAUCCAAGAAAUAGAUGGAUUCAUGAAAAGAAGUGUGGAGUGUUGAGAUUGUCCCAAUUGGACACUGAUUCUUGUUAUGGAUGGUAGAAAUAUGUAAUUCUGUUUUUGAGGCCCAUUUGUUCUUCUAUCUUUGUUUGAAAUUGAAACAGUGGUGAGUAAAACUCAUGAAUUUAAUCAUUUCUGUAGAAUGAUACACUGUUCCAACUUGAGAAUUUAAAUCACACAUUUAUUUAUUAAUCA